CGGCCCCCUCUGAAGCGUAAAUCUUCGUCUUUGUUGGACGCUCGGAUGGCGAAGAUUUACAGACGACAGAGACACAGCCGAGACGGAGAUGACUCUGCCAGUGAUGAUGAGGAUGAAGGCUCUCAGAGGAGGAAGAUGGCGCUCCACGCUCGAGGGGCGGUCCACUCUACCAGGAGGGGCUUCAAUGCUAACAGGAGGGGCUUGCUGAGAGGAGGCUCUGCCCACAGAGGGAGUAGAGGCGGGGUCAUGCCUGCUGGGUCCUCUGCAUUCAAACUGAAGCGAGGGGUGGGUGUGAGAGAGGCAGGGCGGAGGGGGAGGGGCGUGAGGCUGCGGGGGGCCAGGAUGCAACGACGAGGAGAUGAGUCAGAUGAGUCGGACGAUGAUGAAGACGACGAUGAUGAUGAGGAGGAUGAUGAAGAGGAGGAGGAGGAGGAGGAGGACAGUGAGCAUGAAGGGAAAGAACAUCGUCAUCAUCACCGACGAAGAAGGAGAAGAGCUGAUGAUGACGAGGAGGAUGACAGCGAUGGAGGAGACUUUGACCCUGAUGAGGAUGAGCUAGACACUCUGGAAGAUGAGGAGGAUGAGGAGGAGGAGGAGGGGCGCUGGGAUUCAGACCCUGAGCCUCCAGUCCUCCUGGUGUCAGACCUGAGUGACGACCUGCUGAGCGGCUCAUACCUGACUGUGACUCUACAGCACCCCCAAAAGGCCCGCACGCACAGUGGCUCCAUCGUUCCAAAGCUGGAGGCAGCUGUGGCUCAGAGGUCAGCAGGGGGCGCUGCAGGCCAGCAGGCCUUUAUCCAGAGGAAGACUCUGUCCAAACCCUCCCGACCCAAGAGCUGUGACAUCACUGAGAGCGCCACACCUCGAGGACCGGGCAGGCCUCGUCUGCGGGGUAACCAUGGCACCAGAGGCGCCAGAGACGGCUCGGGGUCUUCAUCAGAGGAAGAGGACGGUCCCCGCCCCUCCUCCUCCCUGUCUCCCCCCUCCCUGCUGUCGCUCCCCUCCUUCAAAGACGUAGGAAACGAGGUGGGAGGAGAGAAGGAAGUGUGGGUGUCAGUGUUCAGGUUCCUGGACAGAGCCGAGCUGCUGAACUGUAUGACUGUGUGCAAGGCCUGGUACAAGUGGAGCUGUGAUAAGCGUCUGUGGUCUCAUGUGGAUGUCAGUCGGUGUAGUCCUCUCUCUAAUCAGUCUCUGGCUGGAAUCAUCAAACGUCAGCCGUCCUCUCUAGACCUGUCCUGGACCCCGCUAGCCAAGAGACAGCUCACCUGUCUGCUCAGUAGGCUGCCAGGUCUGAGGGAGCUGAGGGUUACCGGUCUGUCCUGGUCCUGUUUGUCUGCGCUGGCGUCUCCCUCUCUUCCCUGUCUUCGUCUGCUCGACCUGCGUUGGUGUGAAGGAAUCAGAGACGCUCAGAUCAAAGAGAUCAUCAUCCCCCCAGACUCCGAGUCAACCCGCAGCAGGCUGAGGAACAUGGGGACUCUGCAUUUGUCAGGUCUGGAGGUGAGCGACUCGUCCCUCAGGUUGCUGCAGAGACACAUGCCUCAGCUGCAGAGACUCGACCUGUCUCACUGUAAGGACAUCAGUGACUCGUCAAUCGCUCUGCUCACUGCUGCAGGGACACACACCAGACACAACCUGACCGAACUCUACCUAGCAGGCUGCAGUGAGCUGACAGACACUUGUCUGUCUUACCUUAAGCGUCUGUCCUGUCUGUCUUUGUUGGACCUGCGUGGAUGUUCAGGUGUGAGCAGAAGAGCGUGUGACGCCUUCAUCUCUGAUCUGUCCCAUGUCGCCCACUACUGCAUGAUGGAGGAGAAGCUAAUCCAGCGCAUGGACUGAUGCACACAAAUACACACUGAGACUUUGAACAGAGAGCUAGGCUACAAACAUGAACAUUGCAGUGUUUUUUUUCUCUUCCUGUUUUCACUGAUGAUCAGACUGUGUUUGAUGGUUUCUCUUGUUUUGUACAUUCGUUUUCAAUCACUGUGAAAUAAAUAAAGUGAAUUGUUUCAUUGUUGAA